CCAUUUUCAAAUUUGAAAGAAGACUGAUUAGAAUUUGGAAGAUCAAAAUGCUGCAGUACCCAUGGUCGACCCGGGUGAUUCCGACGUCGUAUCUUCUCCCGGCGCAGUGGCCGCAGCCGCAGAACGACGAGCUCCUCCUCGCCAUGGAAGAGGCGGAGUACGAAGAGAAGUGCAACGAAAUCAGGAAGGCAAAUAGCAACUCAAUCAUUAUUGGAAAAACCGCAGUCGAGAAUGAUAAAGAAGAUUUCGACAACGAUGCUGAUGAUGACGAAGGUGACAAUGCAGAAGAGUCUGAAGGCGACGAAUUUGAGCAAGAAACCAGUUGAAAAGCGCGUUGCAUUUCCAUUUUAGCUGUAUCAAUCGUAAAAUUCUUUGGCUUUUAAUGUCCUGCACCUUAAAUAUGUGUUUUGAGCCUUUUAAUAUGCUUUUCUCGAUUUAUAAUCGUGUGUAAAAAAAAUCGAGUCCAGAGCUGUAUUUUUUUUGCCGAAAGAUUUCAAGAAUAUAUUCCGAAUUAGUUUCAACCUUUAGAUUUGAUGCCCUUAUUCGUUGAAUUCAGUUAGACGUGUAAAUUGAUUCUUGGUUUUAUAUUCUUUUAAUGGAAUAUGGCAUCUUUGGGUUUAUCUUCUGAAAACCAUUUCCAGAUUUGACAAAAUCCCAGUUCUGUUGUCCGUUAUAUGAUUCGAACACGACGAAAGCUACAUGUGCAGAUCUGCAUACCUUUUUCUCGGACUGGUUGCUUUGAGAGCUUCUGUGAUGUUAACCACAAGUUGAGGAGCAUAAUCCGACUUAAAAGUAUCGUCGCAGGUACAACUUGUGCUACUGUUUUUUUCUAUAUUCUUUUUCAAUCUUUUUUGCUUUUAGAAUCGAUCGGAUAAUUCUUUCAAUUCCUCUACGUGUGAUUCGUGCAUUUGACCCUCAAUCUGAAGUUAUAUAUGCUUGAGAGAUAUUCUUUCGUAAGAAUAUGGCAUGUUUGAUCAAGUGUCAACGAACGUUUU